GGCGCUGACGACUCCGGCGCGUCUCGGUUCGCCGGGUCUGCGAUUGGCUCGGGGCGCCAUUAUAAAGCUCCCUCGGAGGCACACGCACCUUUUCCUCCCUGGCGGCCCAAGGUGCUGUGUCCUUCAGCUGAAGCUAAGGCCGUCCCACCCCGGCGACUGGCACCGCGCCCCUUCCCCCCGCCAUGGCCUCCGUCUCCGAGCUCGCCUGCAUCUACUCCGCCCUCAUCCUGCACGACGACGAGGUCACCGUCACGGAGGACAAGAUCAACGCCCUCAUCAAGGCCGCCGGAGUGAACGUGGAGCCGUUCUGGCCGGGUCUCUUCGCGAAGGCUCUAGCUAAUAUCGACAUUGGAAGCCUGAUCUGUAAUGUAGGAGCUGGUGGUGGUGGUGCUCCGGCUGCAGCUGCUCCUACUGGUGGUGCUGCGCCUGCAGGUGGUGCUGCCCCUGCUGAGGAGAAGAAAGAAGAGGAAAAGAAAGAAGAGUCGGAGGAAUCUGAUGAUGACAUGGGCUUUGGUCUUUUUGACUAAUUAGUUUUGUACCUGUCUGUAAUAAAGAACAUUUAAUUGUA